CAAUUGAAUCUGGAUUGUGAAGGAUAUGGUCAGUUCUCGCGCCAUAGGAAUCGAGCGCUCUUACCUCAAGCUACCACCGAAAGAUCACAAUCUCUGAUACCCUAUGGACUUUCGCCUCCGGAUCUACCGCCUAGUCCACUAUACCAGCCAUCAGAGAAGACUAAGAUGCUAAACGGUCAAAGUUAUUCAUUCUUUGCAAUGCAGUUGGUCACUGAUCACAGGCUGUGCAAGGAGCGACUGAAGCAAUUCGACUACGCCAACUCUUGUCCGGAGCUUAUCACAGAGCAUUUCCGCUCCGUACUGUGCGCAUCGGAUAUCCGUUACGGACCGGAUCAUCCAGAGUCAGUGCAAGGCACGAUGGGGCACGGUGUCAUCAUUGAAGACCCGUUUUCGUGUGAUUAUGGAUACAACAUCCAUAUCGGCGACAACGUUAUGAUCGGUUCUAAUUGUACCAUACUUGAUGCAUGCAAGGUCUGUAUCGGAAAUGACACUGUCAUCGGCCCGAAUGUGACAUUGGCUGGGUAUCUUCUAUCGGAUUCUCCUCAGCGCCGGCGAGGGUUUCAGAGUAAGGCCCAAGGAGGAGAAAUCAACAUCCAGGAAAAUUGCGCAAUCGGAGCGAAUGUCACAGUGUUGCCUGGAGUGACAAUUGGUAGGGGUGCAAUGAUUCGGCCGGGGUCAAUAAUUGUCAAAGAUAUACCGCCAUGUAUCCGAUAGUGAUCGAACGAGGGCUAUCUGACUUUGAAGAGCUGUAGAAGCGGAGAGCGCAGAAACGGAGAACACGACAAACUGUGAUGUUGCUGCAUUGUCUUAGUCCUGUGUGUUUUGUACUUGUGAUGAAGAUUGUCCAAAGUCCAGUAUCCACUUUGAGCGAGGAGAUUCAACUGUAGCGGUUGUACGUAACUGGACAGACGUCAAGGGUUUGCGCGGCGCUCCU